AUCUGUUCAGCGAAGUCUUUUCUCAGUCCGUUAACAUGUGUUAACUUAACAGCUGGCCCUCACGCCAUGCAGGGUACAUCAUCGUGUGUCAAUAGCUCACCUGUGUACCUUGACAUUUCCCUAUAGCUUUAAUCCAGAUACUCCCACGGUCCAGCGUAUCGGAAUGAGUGUGUUACAAAUUCGCAAAGUAUCCAUCCUGCAGAUCCACCAUGCUGGCAUUUACAUAUGUGUAACAACAACUGUUUAUAAUCCCACGCCCUUAAAUUGUCCAAGUAAUUAAAAAUUCAGUCUGAUUUUUGCUGGUAGUGUGAGGCAAAGACAACAGCAGUGUGUCAUCAGGUAUGUUGUAGCUUCACUCCGAUCCCAUGUCAGUCUGUGCAACAUGAGAUGGUAGUCGUACACCAUCAACCAAGCAUAUCUCUCAUCAUCUGCACAGUUGGUGGAAGGAUCCUGAAGUUUUGUUCUUCUGUCCGUUUUAACAUCGAAUGACUAUAAGCAGCAGUCCACAGCCACGACAUCCGUCCACCCACUGAACAUUUGUUUCGUCUUGUCAAGUGUUUUCUGGGUGCUCACCUUGGCCAAUGCUGAUCUGUGAGAUUUAACACUGAUUACGGGAUCAACAGUUACAUAGUGUAUAGCAGCGUGUUUUGAUUAGGAGCGAUUAGUAUUUAUAUGUAGAUGAGUUUCGGAGGUCAUUGGGUCUUCAUUCACUCUUUGCUCGGAGUACGGUGUAGGACAUUCACUCUCACUCGUUGCUUGUAAUGGAGUCGCUGAACGAGAAUAAUUUAGUGUUUUGACGACUCAAAGUGGCAGAGUGUGAACACCGGAGCUGGACUUAUAAAACUUUGAAUCUAUCUUGUCAUCCAGUAAGCUGUUUAUGAUUUGAUUGUUAUGGUUAUAAAGUUGAUGCAGAUUUGUACAUGGAAUACAUGUUGUGAUACCAGAGUGAUCUGACGCCGGUGCAUUUAGUCUGGUUGAUAGUGUGAAUGUGUGAACGGUGUCUGGGACCAUAGGAGAGGGUUAGGCUUCAAACUCAGUUUGCACUUGUUGGAUUGGAGGAGUUAACUUAUUUUUAGGAGUGUUUUUUUUGUGUGACAUCAGUCAGUUUUAUGAGGACAUCACUCUAUGACGGAGCCUGCAUAAUUCUUGCGGUCUACACGUACAUCGUGAUCGCUGGUGAACGCCAAGGUCUUGUCCAUGACUCAUUUGAUUCAUCAAAUAAGUAUCUUGUGGAAUAACAGUGAACAUUCGAACAUUAGCGCAAAGUAAAAAGCACCGAAGAAAACAAAGCAUGAUAAAGGAAACAGGAAAUUAAAUGUCUUAAAAGCUUGCUGAAAUGCACUUAUUUUGUUCAAGCUCAGAUUGAUGGAUACAAUACACAAGACCUUUGUACAUUAGAGGGGAAUCAAUUGGAAGUGUGUUUACAAUUCUCAGCCAGCUUUGGGCCAGGAACGACAAUACAGAAAUGUUCACAUGCACACCAUGUUGACAAUUUUCCAACUCUCUCGAAGGCGCGUGAGAAAACCUGUUGGUUGAACUUCAGCGCACACAUUUUUUUUAUUGAUGUUUCGCAUGGUGGAUUUCCAUUGUGGCCGCAGAACACGAAUACAAAAUUUGGAAAGUAGGAUCUUUGAAGUUUGUGACAAUUGAGGCUGUGUUCGGGGGUAAGGCUGCGGCAGUCAAUAUUUACUGGAAAGAGAUUUUUUUUUUUUGUCAAAGCAAAUGCUUUGAUCCCCAAAAGUUGAGGCAUUCAGUUCACUAGUUGGAGAUAAAAACUGAGUGGGACAGGUAUUGUGUUGGCCAACCAUUGCUAGAGCAAUUUUGGGGAAAACUGUAAAAUCUUUGGAAUUUUUAUAAUGGUGAUUUCCUGUGGAUUAUAGCUAGAAGACUUCCGUCCAGAGUCUUCAGUGAAUCAGAUUUUUGGUGGAGCUAACUAUAAGCAAGGGGGAAAAAAGAGGUGGCCUUUUGUGGAUGUCAUAAGUGCAGAGGUUGGCAAGCUCAAGGUAAUUCAGAAAUCAGACACUGCAAAUCACCUCUGACAAGAAUCAUAUUGCAUCCAGGGAUUUGUUGUGUGUUGAUCAACAGGCUCGCCAUGAGUGCUGCACUUUUGGAGAAGUUUUUAUGAAAAGGUUCACCACCUUUGACCUUACGACCAUAUGUUUGCUCCAUCCAAGGAUUUCUUCUAGCAUUGCAUCAGAACUCCAGCUUUCUCAGUUGAAAUCAAUCGUAAUUUCUUGGAAUAUGUAAUGGAAACUUAGUGUGGUGGUAUGCUGUGGAUAGUACCAGCGUGUAUUGUGAACACCAUUUAUUUGUUGGAUUUAUGUAACGUUCAACUCGGGGAGUGAAUAUGGCGCUUGAUUGGGCUGGUAGAUCAGUGAACUACACUCUGGUUGAUACAUUCGUAUACUGCAAAGGUGCCCGCGUAUGGGUACGCGACCCCGAGCUCGUCUGGAAAGGAGGGGAACUCAAAAAAGACUACACAAUCGGAGAUAAACUUGUUGAUAUCGAGCUAGACGAUGGAGGGGAGAAAAGCCUUCCACUAAAGAGCAAGGAUGACCUGCCACCAUUACGGAAUCCAGACAUUCUCAUUGGGGAGAACGACCUGACGUCUCUAAGUUACCUCCAUGAACCCGCCGUGCUCUUCAAUCUACAGGAACGCUUUAUACGAAGCAAUGCAAUCUACACAUACUGCGGCAUCGUGCUGGUGGCAAUCAACCCCUAUCAGCAGCUGCCCCUGUACGGUGAGGAUGUCAUCUAUGCCUACAGGGGGCAAGACAUGGGGUCCAUGGACCCCCACAUCUUCGCUGUGGCUGAGGAGGCCUUCAGGAAAAUGUCCAGGUUUGAUCAGAAUCAGUCGAUUAUCGUCAGUGGGGAGAGCGGGGCAGGCAAGACGGUAUCGGCCAAGUAUGCUAUGAGAUACUUUGCCAUGGUGGGCGGUUCAACAGCCGAGACGCAGAUCGAGAAGAAAGUACUUGCGUCAAAUCCCGUGAUGGAGGCCAUCGGCAAUGCAAAGACCACCCGCAACGACAACAGCAGUCGCUUCGGCAAGUACAUUGAAAUCAGCUUCAACACCCAACACCACAUCAUCGGCGCCAAUAUGAGGACGUACCUCUUGGAGAAAUCACGUGUCGUCUUCCAGGCUGAGGAGGAGAGGAAUUACCAUAUCUUCUAUCAGCUGUGUGCAUCCUGCAAUCUCCCUGAGCUGGCUGCACUCAAACUGGGUCACCCUGAUGAGUUUUUCUACACCAGCCAGGGAGAGAGCCCAACUGUUAAUGGCGUUGACGAUUCAGUAACAUACGAGGAAACAAAAGAUGCCAUGGCCUUGCUAGGUUUUCAGCAAGAUCACAUCAAACAGAUAUUCAGAGUAGUGGGUGCUGUGUUACAUUUUGGAAACGUUGAAAUCGCUCCAGGAGAGCAUGAAAGCAGUAAAAUAGAAAAAAACAAUGAGAACCUACCGGUGCUGUGUGAUCUACUGGGGAUUGAGGAGGUGCAGAUGAUGAAAUGGCUAUGCAAUCGUAAGAUCAUCACCGUUAAAGAAAUCCUGACCAAGCCACUCACCAGAACACAGGCUAUAAUUUCCCGUGACGCGCUGGCCAAGAAAAUCUACUCUGAGCUCUUCACGUGGAUCGUGGGACAGAUCAACAAGAUUAUCCAACCGCUGGCUAAGUCCAAGAGCUUCAUAGGAGUCCUUGAUAUUUAUGGGUUUGAGAUGUUUGAAAUCAACAGUUUUGAGCAGUUCUGUAUCAACUAUGCAAAUGAGAAGCUCCAACAGCAGUUCACACAGCACGUCUUCAAGUUGGAGCAGGAGGAGUACGUGAAGGAGCAAAUCGAGUGGUCAUUCAUUGAUUUCUAUGACAACCAGCCGUGUAUCGAUCUCAUUGAGAAUAAACUGGGUAUUCUAGAUCUGCUGGAUGAGGAAUGCAUGAUGCCCAAAGGAUCUGACGAUAACUGGUGCCAGAAACUGUACAAGAGCCACUCCAACGCCAAGCACUUCUCCAAACCAAGGAUGUCUCAGAGUGCGUUCAUCAUUCAUCACUUUGCCGACAAGGUGGAGUAUCAGUCAGACGGGUGCGUGGAGAAGAACAGAGACAACGUCAAUGAGGAACACCUUAAUAUCCUUAGAGGAAGUCAGUUUGAGUUUGUGGCAGACUUGUUCCGAGAGAAGAAAAUGUCUCAUGAGUCGUCAGCGUCGUCUAGAAAGGCCGUGGUCAAGUCUGGACAUGGCCCAGCCAUCAAGAGCCAGAAGACCUUCAAAUCAUCUGUCGGAAGUCAGUUCCGUGAGUCGCUAAAGUACCUGAUGGAGAAGUUGAAUGCAACAACUCCUCACUACGUACGUUGCAUCAAACCCAACGACACAAAGGCUGCUUUCGAGUUUGAAUCCAAGAGGGCGGUAGAGCAGUUGAGAGCCUGUGGUGUUCUGGAGACCAUUAGAAUCAGUGCGGCUGGUUAUCCAUCCAGGUGGACAUACGGAGAGUUCUUCACUCGCUACAGGGCGCUCAUGGUACCCAAGGAAGUCAAUCGCAAAGAUGUACGGGGCACCAGUGAAAAGACACUAAAGAGAUUAAUAUCAGACCCAGACAAAUACCAAUUCGGCAAAACCAAAAUCUUCUUCCGCGCCGGGCAGGUUGCCUACCUAGAGAAACUACGCGCUGAUAAGUUGAGGGCGGCAUGUGUCUUGAUGCAGAAAACCGUCAGGGGCUGGGUACAGAAGAAGAAGUACAACCGCCUCCGCAGCUCCACCAUUAUUGUGCAGAAGAUCAUUCGAGGAUUCCUUGCAAGAAGGCUCACCCUACACAUUCGUCGCACAAAUGCUGGCACCCGUAUUCAGAAGAGUUGGCGUGGCUACAACCAGCGCCAGAAGUACCUCCACGUGCGCAGGGCCAUCGUCACCAUCCAGGCCUUCACGCGGGGUACAUACGGCCGACGUCACUUCACCAAGGUGCUGCGAGAGGCUAGGGCCACGACGAUCCAGAAGACGGCGCGGGGCUGGCUGGCCAAGAAGAAGUACCAGAAGACGAGGAAGGCCAUCAUUCUCAUCCAGUGCUGCACACGUAGGAUGUACGCUAAGAAAGAACUCAAGAAGCUUAAGAUUGAGGCUCGCUCGGUGGAACACUUGAAGAAACUCCAGAAGGGUAUGGAGAAUAAGGUCAUAUCCUUGCAGCAGAAGGUCAACGAGUUGACUAAAGAGAAGAAGGAACGCGAAGAUCAAGAUGUGACGAUCGAGAAGCUGCGAUCCCAGGUGAAGUCCAUGGAGAGCACCCAGGCAGAGACCAUCUCACUCAGCAAGAGAAUCCAGGAACUAGAGCUGGAGAACGCCAGGCUACGACAAGAACUGGAACAGACUUCACUGGAGAAGAACGCCCUCAACGAUGAGAUGGGGAGAGUCUUACAGGAGCACAAGGAGGUAGCGAAACAAUUCCUGAAGGAGAAAGAAAAGCAUGAAGCAGAGAGUGACAAGUUGAGACAGGAUCUGCUUGAGAAGGAAAAUGCCUUCAAGGAAUUUGAAGAAAAGGCAGAAGAGAGACUGAAGCAAGAGGUAGAAGCCACCCGGGAGGAACUCCUCAAGGAGCUAGCCGAGGAGAAGGCCCGGCACCAGAAGCUUCUCCAGGACUACAAUCGCCUUGAGCAACGCUGUGAGAACCUGAAGGAGGACCUAGAGGCCGCUCAGCACCCAGCGCAGCAAUACGUCCACCAUGUGAGGACGGACAGCAGCGAGGGCGGGGAGUCUGGCUACGGGACACUGUCGACGAACCAGGUUGAAGAUGUGGAGAGUGUGGAGAAUGACAUUCAGGAACAGGGUCAGGAGAAGGCGAGUAUGGACAUGACGGUGUUCCUGAAGCUCCAGCAGAGGGUCAGGGAUCUUGAGAAGGAACGUAAACAGUUUGAGACAAAGAUGGAGAAGAAGGAGUCCGAUACCCUGACCCACAGGAACACGAUGGAAGGAGACCUUGGUACUGCGACCGCUCAGCUACAAGCCUACAAAGAGGAAAACACAAAGCUGAAGGAAGACCUGACCACGCUGCACAAGGCCGUGGUCAGUGACUCUGCCGAAGAUGAUAUCCCUAACGUGCUUACUAAGCAAGUGUCUGUACUGAGUGAGGAAAACCACAAACAUCGGCAGGAGAUCGUUAGUUUAAAGACGGAGCUUGCCAAUGAGCGACGCCGGUUUGAGAACCAGAUGAACGGCGGCGCCGACUCGCCCGACAGCGGGAUCAACAAAGACAAAGAGCAACUCAUCCACGAGGAGAUUGAAUCGCUGGCGGAGGACGGUAACUUAGACGUCGCCUACAAAUCAGUCAAAAUGACAAAUCAUCUGUUUGCGGCCCUCUCAGCCAGCCAGACUAGUUUGCGCGACACUGUCUCAAAGUACGGCAGUUUGGCCGGAAAUCACAAUGACCUUCUGGUGGGCAAAAUAAUCUUAGAGAAGGAGGUCCAGGCACUGAAGAAGAAUCAUGAGGUAGAAACGAAGGAACUGAAGGAGACAAUAGAACAACUGAAGAUGGACAACGACCGGCAGCAGGAGAUUAUCGGACAGAGCUUGAAGAUGACACCAGAGGCCAGGAUUAACCAAACGGUGCAACAUGAAAUCUCAAGACUCACUAAUGAAAACCUGGAUCUUUUGGAGCAGAAUGAGUAUCUUGAGAAGCAAGUGAAGAAGUUGAAGAAACAAUUGAAGGUUGCGUACAGGAGAGUCACAAGCACAUUAGAAUCUUCAGCCACCCCGACAUCUUUAAGUGACACACCCGCCGCAUCUCACCUCUCGGCGCCGGCUAACAUCGGAGACACAACUCACAUAGCACCGGCUAACGUCAAGAUGAAGGAACGAGAGAUCUUAGGCAUGCUGGAAUACAGACAGGAAGAUGAUACUAAGAUUAUCAAGUCAGUUAUCAUUGACUUCCAACCGAAGAAUGCCGUGUCCUUUUUGCCGGGCUUACCGGCGUACGUCAUCUUCAUGUGUAUACGACAUGCUGAUGAUAUCAACGAUGAUCGGAAAGUCAAAGCUCUACUUACUGGUGUCAUCAAUGGAAUCAAGAAGACGGUUAAGAAACAUUUUGAGGACUUUGAGUAUGUAUCAUUCUGGCUGACUAACACCAUCAGGCUGAUGCACACACUAAAACAGUACAGUGGAGAAGAAAACUUUUCAAGUCAGAACACGAUUCGACAGAACGAUCACUGUUUACGUAACUUUGACCUGUCUGAGUACAGGCAGGUCAUGAACGACCUGGGAGUCCAUAUCUAUCAGAUGCUGGUGCACAUUAUCGAGAAUAAACUACAACCAAUGAUAGUCCCUGCAAUGUUGGAAAGUGACAGUGCGGGUUUGUCAACGAAGCCAUCUGGAUUGAGGGGUCGGAGUGCUAGUAUGUCAAGCGACUACGAUGGAGUCAAAAUAUCAAUAGAAUCACUCAUUAAGCAGCUCACCACAUUCCUGACCGUAAUGAAUAUUCAUGGAACUGACCCAGAGGUCGUGAGACAGGUCAUCAAGCAGUCCUUUUAUCUAGUAACAGCCAGUACUAUAAACAACAUACUGCUAAGGAAGGACAUGUGCCAUUGGUCUAAAGGAGUGCAAAUCAGGUACAACAUGAGCGAGUUGGAGGAGUGGUUACGAAGCAGUAAGGUUUACGACAGCAGUAUGGAGGACACUCUAGAACCCCUGGUGCAGAUUGCUCAACUCUUACAGGUUAAGAAGAGGACAGACGAUGAUGUCAAGCUGAUAUGUGAUACAUGCACAAAGCUCACAUCAACACAGGUGGUUAAGAUUCUGAAUCUCUACACGCCCGACGAGUACGAGAAGAAAACUGAGGUAAUGUUUAUCCGUAAGGUCCAGGCCAAGCUAAGCGGCAGGAUGGACCCCAAGAAGGAAGCGCAGCUUCUCAUCGACACCAAGUACACGUUCCCCGUUACCUUCCCAUACAACCCCUCGUCGGUUCUCCUGAACGAGAUCACGAUACCAGAUUCUUUCAAGUUGGAAUGCGUCAAGAGAGUAUGAUGUGUUUUUUUUUAAUCCCAUGUUGAUACGACUGUGAAAUUUGUAUUCUUCCCUGGGGAGUGAUGAUCCUUCUAAAUGAUGUUAAACUGUUUGUGUUACCCUGGUCAACCACUAGUCGUUUUAACCCUGGUUAGCCAUUAGUCGUUUAAGCCCUGGUUAACAAGUUAGUAGUUUUAAAUCGUGGUUAGCCGUUACACCCCCUUGCUGGCUAUUAAUGGGUUUCUGCCCUUAUUAUUUAAACCAGUGCUAAACAUGGUUCACUAUAAAGUAGUAUUACAAACUGGCUCUGUAGGAAGUGUAUAUCCUGGUUGACCUUAAGGAAGUGAUUACCGUAGUUUAACCUACAGGAAGUGGUGACCCUUGGGGACACUGGUCACCCUGAUUAACCUAUAGGUAGUGCUGACCCUAGUUGACCUUUAGAAAGUGAUUACUGUAGUUUGACCAACAGGAAAUGGUGACCCUUAGGAACAGUGAUCACCCUGAUUGACCUGUAGGUAGUACUGACCCUGGUAUGACCUUCAGGAAGUGAUUACCGUAGUUUGACCUGUAGGCAACAGUGACCACUAUCUGACAUGGUGACUCUGAUUGACCUUUAGGAUCUGCUGAAUCUUAAAGAUAGUGUAGACUCUGUUUGACCUUUGACCUAUUCAUGAAGUUACGACCAUGAUUAAAACUUCCCAGAAAGCUUUUUUGAAACGGUCUGUCUAUACCCUGUUAAUGAUCAAAACAUUGGAAAGUUUUGUGAAAGCCAUUGGUCUUCCUUAAGAGUGGGGCACGCCCAAAGAGAAAUGUUUAUCAAAACAUGGCAGCAGGGAGAGUUGAAGCAUAGAUUAAAUAUAAUUCAUAAUAAGGUAGUGCCCCCCCCCCCCCCCCUCACAAACACCCGAAAAAAAUUGUUUAUUUAACAAAUGAAAAUGAUAAAAAUAAAAAAAAAUAGGAAUAUUUUUUGUUAAAGUAUGGCUGUAGCACCUUAAGAAAAACUUAAUGUUUCCUUCCGUCGUAAUUUUGUCUUGUCUGAUGUUGCAUGUGCAGCAAAAAAGGUCAAAGUUGACAGCAAUAGGAUGC